AAAACUAUUUUUUUAUCCAUACGGCUAUAUAGUUCAAUUUAGGUAUAGUAUUUGAGUCUUGUUAAUAUUUUCAUCACAUUUUAUCACAUUAGUUUGAUAUCAAUGUUAAAAUAAUAUCAAAUAGAUAGGUAUUGGUGUACCUACAACAGAACAUUAUUAAUAAACGCGCAUUUUUAAGUAGUUUGUCUGUAAAUAUUUAAGGUGCCAUUAUGUAUAUAUUUCGAUGUCUAGAACCUAAAAAUCACAGUGAAUAUAUGCCUACAUGCAAGACACGUGAAUGUAAAUUACCAUAGUGAUACAUUGUAUUAUAUUAUUGUAUAUACGAUAGUACUGUCGCUGGACCGAAAGCCAUGCCUGGUAUUGUAUCCAAGUCCCAUAGAGCGGCCGGGGACAAAAACGCCGUCACUCAUGUGUUCCGCAGAGUAAGGAUUUCCUUGGCAAGAGAACCAUCUAACCUCUCUAAUGAGGAGGUCAUGCACCAUCCCGAAAUGUAUAGAUUAAUGACUUUCCUUGAAAGUAUGCCGGUAGAAGAGCGAAUUCUUGAGUUUUCUGCGCCAACUCCUGAAGAAGAAGACGAAUACUUGGCGGGAACAAGAAUUCGCGAAACCGAAGAAGCUCGCAGAGCCCGCGAAACAGAAGAGGAUCGCAAGAAUUAUAUGAAUCGGUUCUUUCGUUAAGAUAUUAAAUCAUAAAAAUUCCAGCAACGUAUCUUCAUACCUACUUACCCAGGAGUUAUCUACUUCACGAACCAUAACUGUAUUUUAUUUUUAUUAAUUUUACUAGACACUUAAACAGUAUAUAGUAUAUCAGGUAAUAAUUACUGACAAAAUUGUAUUGUAUUCAUACUUUUUUUUCAUCAACUAUAACUUAUGAUUAUUAUAAAAUACGAUUGAAUACAUAGGAUAUAUUAUAGACGUGCAAUGUUCACUGUGCAAUGUGUACCUAUGUACUGCGUAGGUAUUCCGGGAAGUAUAGGGACAAAUCUCAAGUAUAAUAUAUUAUCAAGUUACACCGCCAUACCACAUAACAAUUUCUAACAUAUUUAACAAACGUUAAGAACGAUCACGAAUUGAGUCCUUAUCUUUUCUUACCUUACUCAUAUUAUUUAUUUUGAAUGUUAUUAAAAACAUAUAUGAUGCAUCUAAAAAAUAUUUAAUAGAUAGUUGUAAAGGAACUUAUUUUUUAUUGAUUUAAGAUAAUAAUGACACAAAAUUGGUUAACUCUAUCGUAUACAAUAUAACAAAGUUAGAAUUUCGGGUUAUUUUUUUGUGAUAUUUUAAGCAUAAUUAAAAGAUGAUUGAAUAAUCACCGAUAAAAAUUAUGUCUUGUACCGGGUUAAUCGCCAACUAUUCACAAUUUUCUGGAAAAUUAGGUACCUACAGAAAAAUUCCAAAACUGACCUCUCUGUAUCGUAUUCAAAUAACUAUAUCAUUAAUCUUUAAUGUAUAAUAAUUUGUGUUUGAAUUCAAAUACCCCAAUACUCAAAAAUCUUUUAUCAUUACGUGACCAUUCGUUCCAUUAGCUCCCUCUCACUACCCUUGUCUUUGUUCCCAAUAAAAUGUUGGUAUAAUUAUAUUUACUACCUAUUAUCUAUAUUCUAUAAAACCACCUAAAAUAGAUUUGAAUUGUAACAUCCCGAUUUAAAAAAAAAAAUGAAAAAUAUACAUCAUUAUGCUAAAAA